AAGACGUAAAAAACAAAACAUAGUGAGUGUGGAAAACUGAUAUCUGGAAAAGCGAAUCUAAUUGUAUUGCAAUAUUUUGAAUUAAUCAUUGAUGCUGGAUAAAAUAAAAAGAUUACAUAUGACUUGAUUAUACUAUAAAUUACAAUUGAAGGAGAAUAUAUGAAUAUUCACAAAGCAAACUAUUUACAUUUUAUUAAAUCAUUGUUUUGUUAAAAUAAGAGAAAGUUGUGAAAUUAGACUAGUAGCAGCAGCUUAUCAAAAUACCGAAUAGUGCGGAGUUACCACGGGGGCUUGAAAAAAAAAACAAAAUCAUUAGAUUGCAAGGUGGUCAGGUUGUAAGAAAGGGCUAAAAAAAGUGCCGCAACCAUACCUGCUUUGCCAAUGUUGGUGGUAAAGGUAAAGGAAUUUCAGCCCUUCUUCCAUGUGUAUGUGAAUCAUUUUCACAAUAUUGAAUCAACAUGCUAAUGGGCACGUAAACAUGGUUGUCUCAUAACCAAAUUACCAAAAAAAGUAACGUGUCCAUUAGAAGAAAAAAAAUUGAAACAUUUCUACGCACUAUCAUCAUCAUCAUCAUUAUUAAUCAGCAAAAUCUGUCAUCAAAUUGGAAAAUUUGCACAAUUUGAUGAUACAACCCGAUGCGCCCUACGGCAAUAAAUCGAAUGGGAAAUAAGGAGAAAAGGAAGUUGUUGUACACUUGAAGUUGUUGCACAUUUUACACAUAUUGAUGCACGUAAUACGUACAUUUGGGCGAACAAGGUGCAAAACAGGCCAAUCAAAAAGUGGUUUGUCAACUUGUGGCGUUCAUCGUUGUCGCAGUCGUCGUCUUCGUUCUUGGACGAAACAAACCAGCCUCUUAGCCUGCUGCAAUAAGCAAUACAACAACGACAACAACAAGUAGCAGAAGAAAUAAUUGAAAAGACCAAAAAAGAGUCCAGAACAUAGAACUAAACUAAAGAGCAGUUGCAUUUCACCAACUGCCAAAAAAACACACAAAAAGAGAAAAGCAAAGAUUGUGCGGCAGAUUGUCACCAGAGCUAAGUUAAGCCAAGUUUUUUUGUGUAAAGGAAUUGCAUUGCGUUUCCCACACAAUACAACACAUCCAUCUGUCGUCGUCUGUACAAAAACCAUCCGCAUCAUCGUCAUGGCCACAGUAACACGUAGCAGCAAUAGUCCUUCGAUUAAUUUGAAUUCACCUCUGGAUCCCAGCCUUUUUCCUCUCACAUCCAUAGAUGAUGUGGUUAAUUUUUUCAAAAGAUCCCUGGAACUGUACCACACCCAUUGUGUAGAACCCGAUUUGACAUUAUUAUCAAUAGUAGCGGGCUACAUUGAGCUAUCAUUGACUACGGGAGAUGCUGCCCAAGCGGCGCUAGAACAAGCAAAUGGCGAUGUUAUAAGCAACAACUCCGUACCUUUUCCCGUGGUUACAUUUGAACUUGUAUCGGGUCUAUACAAGAAAUUCCAAAGCAUACUUUCCAUUGUGGACAAGCCAAAAAUUUCAUCGACUUGUAAUAGUCGUCAAGCAACUAGGGAAGUUAUUAAGAAAGUCUCCGAUGUAAUAUGGCACUCUUUAAUACGCAGCAGCUAUAAGGAUCGAGCUCAUUUACAAAAUCUCUAUACCUAUCUAUCGGGUAAUAAAUUGGAUUGUUUUGGCGUGGCCUUGGCCGUAGUUGCAGGCUGUCAACUUUUGGGUUAUCGCGAUGUGCGUUUGGCCAUAUCUGAAGAUCAUGCCUGGGUUGUGUUUGGCAACAAGAAAGUGGAGACAAUUGAAAUAACUUGGCAUGGCAAAGGCAGUGAAGAUAAGCGCGGUCAGGAUAUUCAAGCAGGCGUUGAAUCUGGUUCGUGGCUAUAUCUUGGAGGGUUGGCAGUGGUCUGCGAUAAACCCAUGGAGGUGGCAGCGAUAGCUUCGGCCAUUAAUAUUUCCAUAUCAAGCAAUAGUGAUUGUGCAGAAGUUGCCGAAAUGCAGCAGAGAUUGUUGUGGCUGCUGUAUGAUAUGGGCCACCUAAGAAAAUAUCCCAUGGCCAUAGGUACUUUGGGGGAACUGGAGGAAAUAAAUCCCACACCCAAACGAGCUUCUUGUGACCAACUGUAUCGCGAGGCCAUUGAAUCAGCCAAGGCCCAUUAUCAAAAUCAUCAUGUCUAUCCUUAUACCUAUCAAGGGAAUUACUACAAUCGUUUAAACAAAUAUCGUGAAGCUUUUGCCGCCUGGGCUAAUGCCGGCGAUGUUAUACGUCUCUAUACCUAUCAAUGUCGAGACGAUGAAGAAAUCUACAAAGAGCUCUUGGAUAUAGCCAAUGAAAUGAUACCAUAUGUUAUGAAAACUGAAAGUUCCGGCCAUUCGGCACGCAGCAUAUUAAGAGAUUCCGAGGUCUUUGCCAAUUUGCUAAGAUUCUACGAUGGCAUUUGCCAAUGGGAAGAGGACAGUUUGACACCCAUACUUCAUAUUGGUUGGGCCAAACCUUUGGUUAAUAAUAUUUGUAAAUUUGAUUAUGACGUACGUUCGCAAGUUGUCAUAAAGCUGCCAGAAGAUGAACCGCAGGCGGUUCAACGAGCUAAUAGCUCAACUACUGCAGCAAUUGAGUGUGUUGGAGAAAAUGAAGAGACUUUAAAUGAGGCUAAAAAUAAUAAAUUAAGCGAUGCAACAUCGGAAGGCAAUAAUAAUUUGGUGAAAAAAGACGAGAAAGCCAAUGAUGCUAAAGAUUCAGAAAUGACCACAAAAUUAUUGGCCAAUUUGACGGCAGCAUGUGGUGAAAAGAUUUUAAAUCCCGAUUUACUGUUACAAGGAUUACGACAGGGCUUCAAUCUAACACCACCAGCAGAUACAUUUGCCACCACAUUAUCAUCAACAUCUUCAUCUCAGGAUCGUUCAAAUUUGGCUAACAAUACCAGACGCACGGGUUUCCUUUUUGCCGAUGAACAGCAAAAGCAUAACAAUCAUCACUCUGUGGUGAAUAACAAAACAAGUGAGGAUAAUAAAAGCACCAAUGGUACCGUUGACAAAAACAAACUCACCACAAAUAACCACAAUAGCAAUGAUACAUCAUCUUUAUCAGCAGCAUCCUCCAACAACAUUAAAGAAGAGAACAAUUAUAAGAGUCUAACAACAGCAGUGGGACAAUCAACCAAUAGCACAACAACAACAAUAGCACAACCAACCUUAAUUGACGAUGAUGAUCCUUUACAGUAUAUGUUCAAAAGUCCGGUCAUAACACUUUACAGUCAAAAAAUGAAAGGUUUAAAAGAUUUACUUUUGGCCGAAAAAUUAAAUACACAUGCCAUCUCGUUGCAAGUUACCGCUCAAUCAGUGGCCAGCCGAAAAGUUCGAGGCAUUGAUAAAUUGGGCAAUCACACAACAAAUUCCACCUAUUCCUCGGUAAAUGUGGCAACGGCUAGCUCAGCCGAUACAUCGGCUGCAGCAGUUGAUUCCAUUGCAGCAUCAAGGCCAAAGAGAACUAGGCGUGAAUGAGUCCAGUGUAGCAAUUACUGCUGUGACAGCGGGCUGUGUCAGUGGUAAAGUUGAACUAUAAUUAUUUAUUAUGAGUAUGUUUUUGUUUUCGUUUCCGUUUCAAUUUUUAUUUCUCCAUUACGAGUAGUUUUAAUGAGUGUUUUGAUAGUUGUCUGGUGCUGGACAUAUAUAUAAAAUUCCUUUCCUCGCUUUCCUUGCUACGUAGGAUUCACUUAGAUAACUCUUCUUUCAAAACCCUAAAUUGAAAAAGUGGUAAAAAAUGUUGAUUGGAUUUGUCAAGGCUUUGAAGUCGUUUCAAAGUUUUGUGCUAAAUCUUGGUCUUUCUAGUGUCACAUUAGAUCAAAUCGAGCCAAGAUCUACAAAAGGGGCAGCAGCAUGUCAAAGAAAGAAAUAUUUUUUAACAAAUUUUACUACGAGUCACUGACUUUCACUAUGAGAAAUCUUUCAACCUGAAGGCUCUAUCACACUGUAUGUUCUUGUUUUAUAAAAUUAAAUAAAUGAGCUGCUGUUAUAUUUUUGGCUAUUUCAUAUAAUCCGUAGAUCGAUAUCAAAUAAGUUACUCGUCAGGUUUACUUUUUGAAAAACAAAAUGGCUGGACCAUUUAUACGAUGUGACAUUUUCAAGGAAAGCUACCUGGCUUAUUUUGCCGUGAGUAAGGGCUUUUCCUGUGGUAUUAUAAUGGACUAAAAUGUCUAAAGUGAGCCUGAUUGCCGACUUGCGCUAAAUCCUAAUAGUUCUCAGUUACAACAAGAAAUUCCAUAGAGGAAUUCUUAAAAAAUGUUGUGCAUUAUUUUUCUUUGUGAAAAAAAUGGGCUAAACCUCGUCUGUCAGUCAACACACAGACAUUACCACUUGUAAAAUAUCCCCUUUAAAAUUUCCAAAUUGUAAAAUAUCGUUGAGUAUGUAUAAAGAAAAAGGACAUGUAUGUAAGUAUGUAUUAACAAAACAAAAAAUUAUUUAUGGACAAUUUUGAAAAUUUUCCCAUUUAAAGUCUCAGCUUGAAAAAAAAAAUCCCAUAAUUGUAGACGUAUGUUAGCAAUACGUACCUCUAGAGAAAAAAUUAUACAAAAUAAAAUCUUCAAAACAGCGCCUAGCCCAGGGUUUAAACUAUCUCUGUUCUAGCUUUUAUAUAUAAGCAGUCUAGCGUGUGGAUCUUAAACAAAGCAUUUAUAAAAAUCAGCUGUUUUGACCUAUGUUCAUAAAAUCAGCCGGUUUUCGUGUGCCAAGCAUAAAAGACCAAUUCGUUUAAGAUACGGAGUUUAGACUGUCCAUCUACCUACCAGUGUUUUUAGUUUAUUUUUCUACGUUUGUUCUCAUGAUUUUGUUGUUUUUUGUUUUACAUACAAAUUUAACUUAAAAUAAUUAUUUAAAUUUUUUCAAUGUUUGUAUACUGUAUAUAAAAAAUAUUGAUUUCAGUUGUAUGUGUAUAUACUAUGUAUAAACAAUUAAUAACAUUUAUUCGCCUGAACUUAUUUAUUCUGUAUGGUGCUCACUUUUAUCUUAAUUCUGAAUUUUGGUACUUUUCAUUGUUGUCCUUAUGUAAAUGUAAAAAAUCAUAGUUUUUUAAACCGUAUCAUACCAUGGGCAAUAGAGAGAAAACAGACUUGUUGUGGAUAACGUUAUGAGAAGAUAGUUAGCCAG